AUGUCAUCCCGAGAGGUCGCCGAAGACCACAUUGCGGAAGGAGCUGGCGUGGUUGAAGUCAGCUCUGAGAGCUUUGACCUGUCAGCUUCUUCCUCUGACAAAGCCAAAGAAGCCCAGGUAGCUCAAGGGGAAGUCAUAUUCGAUGCGUCAGAGGAUGAUUAUCCCGCACCCACAGAGGAAGAGAGUACAACGUUACGCAAGGUGGCAGGAUCCAUGCCCCUAGUCUCCUUUUCCCUUUGUUUAGUUGAACUUGCCGAGCGUGCAUCCUACUAUGGUGCUUACACUGUCUACUCAAACUUUGUCGAGUUCCCACUGCCAAAGGGCGGUAAUGGUGCCGGUGCACCUCCAAGAGGAUCACAAGAGACAGCCGGAGCUUUGAAUAUGGGCCUCCAAGCAAGUGACGCCCUGGUCUUAUUAUUCGUCUUCCUUGCAUACAUUGUGCCGAUCUUUGGAGGCUGGUGGGCAGAUGUCUACGUUGGCCGUUACAAGGCCAUCGUUGUUGGCGUUCUGAUCUGUGGUGUCGCACAUAUCAUUCAGAUCGUUGGUGCUAUUCCAUCUGUUCUCCAGGCGGGAACAAGUCACUCCGCGCCGCCAUUCAUUAUUGGACUUUUGGUUUUGGCGUUCGGUGCUGGAGUCUUCAAGCCCAACAUUGCACCCACAAUUCUAGAUCAAAACCGACACAAAACACCUUAUGUGAAGACAUUGAAAUCCGGGGAGAAAGUCAUUGUCGAUCCAGAGGCAACUGCUACCCGAACUAUGCUAUUAUUCUAUGGCUUCAUCAAUGUCGGUGCUUUCUACAUGCUGGCCACUACAUACGCUGAGAAGUAUGUUGGAUACUGGCUUGCAUUCCUGUUGUCGGGAAUUAUCUACUUCAUGCUCCCGAUUCUUCUGUUUGCUGUCUAUAAGAAGACACACAAGGAGCCCCCUAACGGAGGGAAAGAAAUUAACGAAGCCUUCAAAAUAAUGGGGUCCGCCCUUCGCCAUAACAAGUUCCAAGUGUGGCGCAAGGGCUUUUGGGAUACAGUAAGGCCGUCGAACCUCCAGGCCAAAGGCAUCACCGUUGGAUGGACUGAUGCUGCUGUGGAUAAAGUUUCCAAGACUAUGGCUGCAUGUGAUAUAUUUUGCUUUAUGCCUAUCUGGAUUUUGAACGACGGGGGCAUCGGUUCCGUCUCCACAAACCAAGGCGCUUCCAUGGUUACCAAUGGUGCACCUAACGAUCUCCUCAGCAACUUCAACGCUAUCACUAUUAUUGUCGCCAUCCCCAUUUUGACAUAUGUAAUCUACCCAGCUUUGGACCGUCGCAACAUUCGAAUUGGACCAAUCAGCCGUAUCACUUUUGGAUUCAUUCUGGCCGCGAUCUCGGGACUUGCUGGUACUCUCGUUCAAUGGAAGGUGUACAGCCUGUCACCCUGUGGAUCUUAUGCAUCCACCUGCUCCGAAGUCGCAAAUAUCAGCAUUUGGUGGCAGAUUCCCAAUCUUGCUCUUGGAGCUCUGAGCGAGUGCUUCUGUAAUGUCACCGCUUACGAACUCGCCUAUGCAAGAUCUCCUAAGAGUAUGAAAGGCCUAGUCAUGGCCAUUUUCCUGUUCACAAAUGCGCUGUCGAGUGCUAUUGGUGAGAUUUUGGUUCCAGUCACCGUCGAUCCCUACUUGACCUGGAUCUGGGGGGCUCCUACCGUCGCUUUGGUACUGCAGACUAUCAUUUUCUGGUGGAGAUUCAGACAUCUUGACAAUGAGACUUAUGUCGCGGAUCUUGUUGACGAGUCUUGGAUUCCAGAGGAACAGAACGAGAAGGGUCUUGUUAUCCGCGCGACAGAAGAGUGA